AGCAUUUCCCCUUCUUUCAAUCGUUGACGAUAGCAAAUUAUUUACGAUGAAGACUACCGCAGCACUUAUUGCUCUUGUCGCCCUUGCCUCGGUUGAGGGUGCCUAUUACGAGGCCCGCCCGGCGCCUAUCUUCCAUGCUGUCGCGCCUAUCCAGAGCGUUGCGCCAGUGCCAGCUGCCUAUCAGGCAGUGCCGGCGCCCUACCAGGCGGUGCCGGCGCCCUACCAUGAGCAGCCGGAGAACAAGCCGUAUGCGGAGCACCCGCAGGGAUAUGAAGCGAAGCCAGUGCCUGCGCCUGCGCCUGCGCCUGAGCACAUCCCGGAGAACAAGCCUGAGGAGCAUCACGAGGAGAAGCCCAACUACGAGCAGCAUCCCGCCCCAGCCCCGGCUCCUGCUCCUGCCCCCGCUCCUGCCCCCGCUCCAGCUCCGGUUCCCGAGAACAAGCCUGAGGAGCACCAUGAGGAGAAGCCUGCCUAUGAGGCUCAUCCGGCUCCGGCCCCCGCUCCUGCCCCCGCCCCUGGAAACAAGCCUGAGGAGCAUCACGAGGAGAAGCCCAACUAUGAGCAGCAUCCCGCCCCGGCCCCGGCUCCUGCCCCCGCCCCCGCCCCCGCUCCAGCUCCGGCUCCAGCUCCAGCUCCUGAGCACAAGCCUGAGGAGCAUCAUGAGGAGAAGCCUGCCUAUGAGCCGGAGGAGCACCAUGAGAACAAGCCCGAGGAGCACCAUGAGGAGAAGCCGGAAGAGCAUCACGAGGAGAAGCCCAGCUACGAGCAGCAUCCUGCGCCAGGUCCGGCUCCUGGAAACAAGCCCGAGGAGCACCAUGAGAACAAGCCCGAGGAGAAGCCCGAGGAGCAUCAUGAGGAGCACCACGAGGAGAAGCCGGAAGAGCACCAUGAGGAGAAGCCCAACUACGAGCAGCACCCUGCGCCAGGUCCGGCUCCUGGAAACAAGCCCGAGGAGCACCACGAGGAGAAGCCUGAGGAGCACCAUGAGGAGCACCAUGAGGAGCACCACGAGGAGAAGCCCGAGGAACAUCAUGAGGAGCAUCACGAGGAGAAGCCGGAAGAGCACCAUGAGGAGAAACCCAACUACGAGCAGCACCCUGCCCCGGCUCCGGCUCCGGCUCCUGGGAACAAGCCUGAGGAGCACCACGAGGAGAAGCCUGAAGAGCACCAUGAGGAGAAGCCCAGCUACGAGCAGCACCCUGCCCCUGCCCCUGCCUACCAGGCUAACGCUCCUCACUACUAAACAGCAAAGCCUCUUUCAAUUUAGACCAGUCUCCUGUACUGUUUUCCUUUCAUCCUCA